AUGCCCCAUCUCAUUUGGUCUGAUUUUUCAAUCUAAAUAGUUAACUUUUAAAGCCAUUUUCCCCAAAUGUUUUAAGACUAUCAUAAACUUGGGGAACACCAAAUUCCACCAUAAAUUUGGAAGAGAUUAAUCCAUUUUCCCUCAAUUUAUUUAUAAAUGAUAUCUCAAUCAUUAUUCUAUGUCCAAGUUUUUGUCCAAUAAUUUAAUCCAGAACCCCAUUAAUUUCAGAGACAAAAAACUAAAAUAAUCUAGCUAUAUGAAAAAAAAAAACUUCCCAAUAAUUUGCCUAAAUUUCAAAUAAUUAAGAUUUCCUUUUAACCUUAAGAUUAUUAGGUUAAUUAUAAUUUGUUAUAAAUCAUUAUGAAAUUAUAUGUGCUGAUAUUAUGCUUCAUUUAAUUAAAUGCCUAUGAGUAUUGGAUUACAUAGUAUAGUGCCUUUACUUCUAAUAAUAUAAUUGAUAAUGAAGGUUUAUUUUGGAAUAUAUUUAGGUUGGUCUGUCUAAGGAAAUAAUGGAUUGACUAGUUUUUGUAAUGGAGUAUCAUUAUUUGGAGGUUUUAAUGUAUUUGGAUCUGGGGCUAGUGCAUCAAAAUUAAUUAAUCUGCCUCCCCAUUACAAACUUAGAGUUUCUUUUGAGUUUUGGAAGUAUCUAAAAUAAUUAGAAAUAGGAUAGAUAGUUGGGAUAAGGAAUAUGCAUACUUUAUUUUAGAUGAUAAUGUAUUAACAGAAUUUUGGAAUUGGGAUACCUCAGAUGUGAAGUGUGGGAAUCCAGAUAAUGUAGAACUUUGGAAGGACGAUAUAAAAAAUUAUGUAUUCGAAUUUCUUCAUUACGAACCAACACUUGCUAUUAUUUUUACUACUAAUUUAGAUGAAGGUCCAUAUUAUGUACUUAUGUAAUUUUAUAAAGGAAUCCUGGGGUUUUAGAAUGUUUACGGUUUAAGCUCUUUUAUGUUCCCCAGGCUGUUUAAUGUGUUAUGAUGAUACCCCAAAUGAAUGCUGGUAUUAUGGACUAGUCGAAAUGAAUUGGUUUGAUAGUUUUAAUUUUGAUGGAUGGACUCUUGAUAAUUAAUAGUUUCUAGGCAAAAGUUCCUGUGUUAGCAUUUGGGUAAUAGGAGGAAUAGGUUAAAUUACAGGAAGUAAAUAGUUAUUGAAGUAAUAUACUUCUUUAACUCCACAUUACAAAAUAAUUUUGCAGGUUCAGCUAUGGAAAUUUGAUUUUUGGAAUAAUAACUAAUUUUAGAUAGAAAUUGAUGGGUAAAUUAGUCUUUAAGCAAUAUUUAAUUAAAUUGAAGUUGUUCAACUAUGUGGCAGUAGUGGUGGUGGAGAGAGGUUAAUAAACAUUCGUUUAGUGAAGACUCAUACAUCUGAUAGUGUGUAAAUUAAGAUGAAAUCUAAUCUUGUUUCUUCAAAUGGAUUUUGGGGAUUACGAGCUUUUAGAUUAUUUGUAAUAAAAUGCUAUUAAACAUGUUUGAUUUGUUCUGGGCCAAAUAAAAAUGAAUGUUCAGUAUGCAUAACUGGAUUCAUUUUACAUAAUUCUGAAUGUGUAGAUUGUAUAAUAUAAAUAUUAUUUUAGUAAAAUGGAUUUUGGGUUUAAAACAAUAUUUCUAACCUUAGGAUUUUCAAACUUAAAGUGGGUGGACUAUUACAAAUGUUUUUAAUAAUAAAUCACCAUUUUAAAUUUGUGCUAAUACCAAUUUAUUAGGAGGAUUCUCAUUAUUUGGUAAGGAUGCUUCUGUGGCCUUAAAUUUUGAUCUUCCAAACCACACAAAAAUAAGAAUUAAAUUAGAAUUUUGGAAAUUUGACACUUGGGAUCAUGAAUGGUUCAAGGUAUUUGCUAAUGGAAUUCAAGUUUUUUAAGUUUAAUUUGGAUAUAAUGGAGUGUAAGUUAUUUGUGGUUCAAAUUAUAAAGAAGCUUAUAAAAAAAAAUUAGAUUUUGAAUUUGAUCAUAUUUAAUCAACUGUCGAUUUGAUUAUGACAACUUCUUUAAAUGAACUGGCUGAUAAUGAGUCUUGGGGAAUACGAGAUUUUUAAUUAUUAUAUGGAGUUCCAAAAGAAUGCAGCAACUCUAUCAUAGAUUCAAUUUCUAUGCCAUCUUUCAUAGGGACUAAUUAUAUUUAAUCAACAUUAUAUUCAUCUGAUUAGACAUUGCAAAAUAAAAUAGAGAUUCCUGGACUAGGAAUAUCUCUGCAGUCUAAUUUUGAUCAAACAAUAACUGUUGAUUCUGCAAUUGAAAAACUAACAAUAUCAAUCUCAUGGAAAUGCUUUUUAAAUGAUUAAACUUUUUCCAUUUCAAUUUUACAAAGCAGUUAUACAGAUUAUAAAACAGGAACAGCAGUUUGUAAAUAAAAACGAUCCAAUGUUGUAUAAUCUGUAUUAACUCUAGAAAGGACAAUAAUAUAAUAAUCGUAAAUUAGAUUAUUAGCAACAUCAACAUCACUUUAUAUAUUUUAAAUAGUAGAAGGUUAAACUAUAAAACUAUACGAAAUGUUAAUUAAUUGA